GCGUGUCUACGGAGGUUUGUAAGGGGAUUGACCAGAAAGCACAUGCUAAGCGGUUUGAAUUCGCCCUUGCUCUUUUACCCUCAUUAAGUUAUGUAUUGUCGUCAGUGAUUUAUUGUUGUAUUCGAUUUGUGCCAACAUCAAUUUCUACUGGUGUAUAAGAUAGCUCAAAAGUGGCACCGUCGAAAGUCAAGCCGUAUAAAACAGCAAGGUCAUAACGAGCAAGUAGACGAGUAGCGUGAAGUUCAUUCCAUCACUGGACGUCCAAAUAACAUAUAGGACAUCGAAAUGGCAGGACUGGUUAACUUUGAAGAUGAGAAAGAAGUGGAACAGUACCUGGAUAAUUUGGGUGUGGAGUACAGCUACCAGUGCUACAAGGAGAAUGACCCCGAAGGAUGCCAGAGGUUAGCCGAUUACAUGGAAGGAGUGAAGCAAAACUACGAGGCUACGGCACAGGUGCUCAAACACAACUGUGACAAACAUACUCAUGCAGAAAGCUGCUACAAGCUGGGGGCUUACCAUGUCACAGGCAAAGGUGGCGUGAGCGAGUGCCUGAAAAGCGCCUACUCUUGCUUCAUGCGAGCAUGUGAUGCCGGCGGAAAGAAAUCCAUAGAUGCCUGCCACAACGUGGGUCUACUGGCUCAUGACGGGCGGGCCAUAGAGGGUGGCGCCCCGGAGCCGGAUGCCGCUCGCGGUUACUACGAGAGGGCGUGUGCGGGCGGCUUCGCGCCGUCCUGCUUCAACCUCAGUGCCUUGUACAUCGAGGGCAAUGCCAAAGGGGUCAAGCCGGACAUGGCGACGGCGCUCAAGUACGCCAUGAGGGCCUGCGAGCUGGGACACGUGUGGGGCUGCGCCAAUGCCAGCCGCAUGUACAGGCUGGGCGACGGCACGGAGAAGGAUGACAAGAAGGCGGAGGAGCUGAAGAAUCGGGCCAGGGAAUUGCAUGGUUUGCAAAAGGAGAAGCAGCUUAAAUUUGGGGAAUGAUGACAAGAGUCCUGUGUGUGUGUGUGUCCACCUCAAACUGAAAGUGUCAGAGUGCAACAUGUAAGUGUAAUUUCUCAUUGACUCAAGGGCGUUGUAGAAGUCAUUGUAUGUAAGACAAUGAUUUAUUUCUGACAAAGAUUUCUAUUUUUUGUGAUAAAGAGAAAAAAUCUGAAACUUUCAAGAUAAAUGAAA